AUGGGUACGAAUGAGUAUGCUUAUUGGAUUUUGAUUCUCGAAUGUUUGAUCGGCACAAAUAUCAAAUGGCGAAGAUGGCAAAAUCAAAUAAAAUCCUGCUGGGUACUGCACUAUUUAGUUCCUCGACUCCGUCCCUGGGGAGCGGGAGGGGGGAUGAGUACGAAGAGUUGGUAUGGAGAACAGAUAUUUGUAAUGCUUGUACUGCAGACAAAUUUGAGAGAUAUGGAGGAAAAUAUCGAGUCAAUACUCGGUCAAGGAAGUGUACUUGCUUGUACUCAGUAUUGA